AGUCCCAAGGAACGAGGUCAUCUGGUGCUCCAGAUUGGCACCAGUGACCCCCAACGAGCGGUCCAGGUGGCCCAGAUGGUGGAACGGGACGUGGACGGGAUCGAUGUUAACAUGGGCUGUCCCAAGGCCUUCUCCUUGAAAGGUGGGAUGGGUGCGGCCUUACUGAGUCAUCCCGACAAGAUCCAGGCCAUUCUGACGGCUUUGGUGGCCAGUGUGAGCAUUCCAGUGACGUGUAAAAUCAGGAUAAAGGACACUGUCGAGAAGACCAUGGAGAUUGUCAAGGUCAUCGAAUCGACGGGUGUGAGGGCGUUUGCGGUCCAUGGCCGCACCAAAGACGAACGGCCCAAUCACGCCGUGCACACGGACGCUAUUCAGGCGAUUGUGAAGCAGGCUGCCAUCCCCGUGAUCGCCAAUGGCGGCUCAAGCAACAAUCGCAACAGCUCGGACAACACCUACGACGGCAUAAAGGCCUUCUGGAAAGAAACCGGUGCGGCCAGUGUGAUGGUGGCCAGAGCGGCCGAAUGGAACCCGUCCGUGUUCAGGCCAGAGGGCAAGGCGCCCGUUAUGGAGGUUGUGCACAAGUACCUUGAUUAUGCUAUUCACUAUGAUUACACGUUUGUCAUUGUCAAGUACACGGUUCAGCAGAUCCUAGGCAGUGAACAAGACUCGGAAAUGGGCAAAAGGUUCCUUCAUUCAGCCACCAUGAGAGAUCUUUGUGCCGUAUUUGGCAGAGAGAAGGAACUCGUGGAACGUCAGGACUGGAUCCGCCAGAAAUCCAAUGACCUCGAUAUCACCUCCACCACAUUCCGAUUCUGUCGUGACGCCAAGAUUUUGCCGAAGAAACGGAAACUCUCGGAGCCCGAGAUCCACGAAUAUCGAGCCAAAUUCCAGUCCCUGGACAACCAAGAGAAACGUGAAUGCUCAAAAAGCGACACAAACCAAGUUGACACCGAAGAAACCGAUGAGGUGACGUCCAUGUUUUGUCCCUUUGUUCGCAACCAUUACCGGGAUACGGGUGAUAUUCCCAAAUGUCUUCUGCUUACUUGGACUCUGGAGAAUGCUCUGGAGAAGCCUCAAUAUGUGACUGAACGAACGGACAAGACAUUCCGCUCAGUGGUGAGAGUGAAUGGUCGCCUGUUCGAAUCCGAGUCGUGGGAAAAGAACAAGAAGUACGCGGAACAAGCCAGUGCUAUUGUGGCCCUACAUUGUCUUGGGAUCCGAUCCGUGAACCCGGAACAUCUCAAAAACCCAAAUAAAUCUUGAUCCGGGAUCGUUGAAUGAGAAAUAGAUCUAAGUUGAAACGUG